UCUUCUGAUCUAAAAAAGGCAAAAUGUUGGGACACAUUGAGCCAGCUGAGCUUCAGUGCACCGUGGCAGUGGAGCGCUUGAAUCCUGCAGGUCAAGCCAUCAAACGGCAGCUCAUCCGCAAAGGCACCGUCACAUUAGGGCGGAAUGAGUUUCAAGAUAUGGUCCUGCGUGUUCAUGAUGGCAUAUCUCCUCAAAACUUCAUGCUGCGCGAUUUCCAGCUCUUUACGCGCUUUGCAAAGGAUGGUAAAUGUACUGUAAAAUUCAUCCCGGAAAGCACACAGGUUCUGGUAUCUGAUUGUCCACCGGAUCGUUUGAAGAUGUUUCUGAAGACGCUCAGCAUCAAACAUCAGGCAUCCCAAGGCAUCAAGCCUAUGAGUGAUAGGGAUAAACUACGAGCUGGCCUUCCUAGAGCCUUUGAGACCCUAAGUCCACUCCAGCUUAAAGAUGUGCAGAAGGCAAACGAGAUGAGAAGUAAAGUGAAUGCCCCGAUCCAACCCAAAGGUCCUUCAGAGAGAUCUGUCAAUAAGGUCCUGGGUGAAAGGAAGCAAGUAAAAAGACCCAGACCUGAUUGUGACGCUAGUCCGGUUAAAACGCUUCACCCCAAUAAGAAGCCUGUGUUGGUUCUGCCUGUGGCACAAAAGCUCAGCAAAGAACAAACUGCAGUUCUCAAUGCGGUCUUGAGUGGCAAGAAUGUGUUUUUCACCGGCAGUGCAGGUACAGGAAAGUCCUUCUUGCUCAAAAGGAUUAUAGGCUCCCUGCCUCCAAAAAGCACGUAUGCAACAGCAAGCACAGGUGUUGCGGCUUGUCACAUAGGAGGGACCACACUGCACAGUUUUGCAGGUAUUGGUUCUGGCUCUGCUCCUCUUGAACAAUCUAUUGAGCUUGCUCAGCGUCCUGGAGUGAUGCAGCACUGGACAUCUUGCAAACACCUCGUUAUUGAUGAGAUUUCAAUGGUGGAAGCAGAGUUCUUUGACAAACUGGAAGCCAUAGCCAGAUCCAUCAGAAGAUCCACUGAGCCGUUUGGGGGGAUUCAACUGAUAGUGUGUGGAGAUUUUCUUCAACUUCCACCUGUAACAAAAGGAAAGGACAUACAAAAGGCAUACUUUUGUUUUCAGUCAAGAAGCUGGCGGAAGUGUAUCCAUAUGAACAUGGAGCUGACGGAGGUGCGCAGACAAACAGACAAGGCCUUCAUCUCUCUCCUCCAGGCUGUGAGAGUGGGCAGAGUCCCAGAGGAAGUUACUGCACAGCUACUGAGAAGUGCCUAUCACAGCAUCGAGAGGGAUGGUAUCCUAGCAACCAGGCUGUGCACACACAAGGAUGAUGUGGAGCUCACCAAUGAGAAUAAACUCAAAGAGUUACCAGGGGUCAUGCGAGUGUUUGAGGCUGUGGAUAGUGACCCUAUGCUGUUUCAGACCAUUGACGCACAGAGUCCAGUCAGUCGGCUGUUACAGCUGAAAGUGGGAGCUCAGGUCAUGCUCACUAAAAACUUGGAUGUCCAGAGGGGUCUAGUGAAUGGAGCCAGAGGAGUAGUGGUUGACUUUCAGCCAGGCAAUCAAGGUCUCCCUCGGGUGCGAUUCCUUUGCGGGGCUGUUGAGGUAAUAAAGAGAGAGCGUUGGAUGUUUAAAGCGUCAGGGGGGCUGUACCUGAGCCGACAGCAGCGGCCACUCAAACUGGCCUGGGCCAUUUCAAUCCACAAGAGUCAGAUGCUCAGGGCUAUGGUUCUGGAUUGUGUUUUGAUUCCUUAA